AAGGUGCCGGCCAUCGACGCGCAACUGUGGUGUGCCUGGCUGGGAGCUCGAUUGCGAACGGCAACAGCCUUGACCUCUCUCGACGACGCCGACUUGGGGAGCCGACCUGGAACAGAACAACAACAGAUCGCGUUCUUUCUCAGCAUAAGCAUUUCCCAAGUUUUCCCCGGCCGGCAAUAUGGCGGACAGAUACUCGUUCUCGCUUACAACAUUCUCACCCAGCGGCAAGCUGGUACAGAUCGAAUAUGCCCUCAACGCCGUCAACCAAGGCGUAACAGCCCUGGGCAUCAAGGCCACCAACGGCAUCGUGCUCGCGACGGAGAAGAAGUCGUCUUCGCCGCUCGCCGACCCGUCGUCGCUCUCCAAGAUCAGCCUGAUAACGCCCAACAUCGGCAUGGUGUACAGCGGCAUGGGGCCGGACUACCGCGUGCUGGUGGACCGCGCGCGCAAGGUGUCGCACACGGGCUACAAGCGCAUCUACAACGAGUACCCGCCGACGCGGAUCCUGGUGCAGGACGUGGCGCGCGUCAUGCAGGAGGCCACGCAGUCGGGCGGCGUGCGCCCCUACGGCGUCAGCCUGCUGGUCGCCGGCUGGGACGAGGGGAUCCUGCCCGACGAGGAGGAGGAUGAGAAGAAGGGGGGGUCAAAAGGCGGUGAGGCGCUGGCGGAGCUAGAAGACGAGAACGGGAAGAAGAAGGUCGGCGGGAAGACGGGCGGGAUCUUGAAGGGCGGGCCGAUGCUCUAUCAGGUCGACCCCAGCGGGAGUUACUUCCCGUGGAAGGCGACGGCCAUCGGCAAGAGCGCGACCACGGCAAAGACAUUCUUGGAGAAGCGGUACACGGAGGGGCUGGAGCUGGAGGAUGCCGUGCACAUCGCGUUGCUGACUCUCAAGGAGACGAUCGAGGGCGAGAUGAACGGGGAGACGAUCGAGAUUGGCAUCGUCGGCCCUCCCGCAAACCACCUCCUCGGCGUCGAGGGCGUCGAGGGCGCGGUGGGCCCCCGUUUCCGAAAGCUCACGCCGCAGGAAAUUGAGGACUAUCUCACGAAUCUAUGAUUUCUGGGGCAACGGUUUUUUCCCUUGACGGGUCGGGAUGGAUUGUGGGCAUCGGGAUAACGGGCAGCGUUGUCGGUGGUCCUCUCUCGGCAGGCGGCUCUUGAAUUGUACACUAGACGACCGGAUC